CUGAAUUGUACUUUUACAGCUUCCUGUACUGAGCAACUACGUUUAUAUGUAACUGUGCUGAUUUGAGGGAAUAAAAACAAACAUGUUUCAGUUUAUUUUUAUUAUGAUUUUAUGGACACUAACUGUUGCACGGGAUGAAAAUGGAAUUCUUUGUAAGAAUCCCAACAUUGAACACGGGCAGUACAAAAUUUCUGAUGGCUUAGUCAAAUUUUCUUGCAAUCCUGGAUAUGUAUUAAAUGGGGCCAGGAUAAGUCAAUGUCACCAUGUUGGCUGGUACCCUCCCCCUCCUAUAUGCCAAGAAUUUGAAUGUGGAACACCCUUAGAAACAACAUAUGGAGUAUAUUUACCUAAGAAGAACUCCUAUAAAAUUGGUGAAAAUGUGACAUACAUCUGCAAUCAAAGCUACAUGAUCUAUGGAGAUGAAACCAUAACAUGCACAGCUCAAGGAUGGUUAUCACUCCCAUCUUGUGAAAUGAAAAAGUGUCCUCCUCCUCCACGCGAACUACAAAAUUCUGAGGUACUAGAUAAUUCUAUUGACUAUUACCACUUAGACCGCAUACAGUACAAAUGCAAACCUAAUUAUGAAUUGGAAGGAUCAACAGUAGUGACAUGCAGAAAUGGAAAGUGGACACCUUUGCCAAUGUGCAUUUCUAAAAAUUUGGAAUGUGGAGAACCACCACGUAUUAAUAAUGGAGAGACUAUAGAAACUGUACAGUCAACAUAUAAAAAUGGAUUAACUGUAACUUACCAAUGUUCAAAGUACUACAAAUUGCAAGGAAAUCGAUGGGUACAGUGUCGGAAUGGGAGAUGGACCACCAUCCCAACUUGUGUAGUUGAAAGUCUGGAAUGUGAAGAGCUACCACGUAUUCGUCAUGGAGACACUAUAGAAAUGAUACCGCCACCAUAUAACAAUGGAUUAACCGUAACAUUCCAAUGUUCAAAGAACUACAAAUUGCAAGGAAAGCCAAGGGUACAGUGUUUGAAUGGCACAUGGACCACCAUCCCAAUUUGCUUAGAACCAUGUAUUAUAACAGUUGAAAUAAUGGAAAAAAACAACAUUAAGCUGAAAUGGGACAACACAGGAAAGAUAUAUGUGGAACAUGAUGAAUUUUUAGAGUUCAAGUGCAAACGUGGGUUCACAGCAGCCCAAGGCACAUCUAUGAGAGUACGUUGUAACAAUGGAAUAUUUCAUUAUCCAUCAUGUAAAAAAGGAUCUAGUUUCUCAUCAUUUUUUCAGUGGAUUCAGUGAGAACUGAAAGAAGAACAUAUGCUCACUGUUGUAUAACUUUUCAAAGAACUGUGAAGGUUUAUAAAAAAAAAUAAACAUUUUUAUUUUUAUUGUUUUAAUUAGAAAUGUAUAGUAACCUCAGCUUCAAAUAAUUUAUCUUAACUGUCUUGGUUCUCUUGGUUGUUUAACAGUAUACUUAAACACUGUUUUACUUCUAACACAGUUUUGAAUUAUGUUAAUGCAUAAUGACUACAAUCAAAUAUUUUAUUGACGAUCAUUUUCCUGAAAACAUUUCACCCGUGGCCCAUGUGAAAAAAUACACAGCGUUAUAUAUUCAUUGUAACUGUUGGAUGGAGAUAAAUACAUCUAAAUUCUUUUGGCA